AUGCAAUCCUUAAAUGCUCCACUUGCUCAACAACAGCAGCAUCAACAACAACUGUUCGCUAUGAGUGGCCAACCAUUUGCUGAAAAAAAUCAACAGUCGCAGAUCACUGGUAGUGGGAAAGGAAUAGCUAUGACAAACCCUCAAAUGAUGGCUAAACAAAUUCUAAAUCAGCCAGGUAGAAUGCCACAGCUGGGAAUGUUACAAGGGAACUCUUCGGGAGCAGGAAAUAACAACGAUGCUCUUCUUGAAGAGAACUAUUUGAUGAAUCAGAAUAUGGAAAUGCUUUUAAAUCAGCAGCAAUCACAAUUACAACAAGCUCAAUUACAACAGCAGCAGCAAAAUAAUAGACAAAUGCCACAGCUCCAACAGCAGCAGCAGCAGCAGCAGCAACAACAACAACAACAACAACAACAACAGCAUCAGCAAAAUCAAAAUCAACAAUUACAAAAUAUGAAUUUAAAUGCUUCGAUGAAUUCCAACCUACCACCGGGAUUAAAUGUUAUUCCACAACAGCAGCAGCAGCAUGGCUUAAACCCUUCGUUAGAUAAUCAAUACUCAAAACAGAUAAGUUCGAUCCAAAAUAAUAAUAAUGGCCCCCCCGUAAUGAUACUACCUCCGAAUCAUCUCUUAAUUCGUGAAGUUUGGAAGAAUAAUUUAUUUGCAGAAUUUGUAGCAAUAAGAAGGUUGUCAGCACGUUAUAAUAAUAUAUCUAUUAGCACUGAAUUUGCAGGUACUAUUGCCAGACCCAUUGGAAAUUUUAGAUCAAAGACGGAUUAUCACUACCAAACAAUGAGAUCUAAUGUUGAUUUAUUGAACCCCAUUCAAAUCGGUCUUUCAUUGAGUGAUUCUAGCGGUAAUAAGCCUGAAAACGAGCCAUCAACUUGGCAAUUUAACUUCAACUUUGAUGUAGCCAAAGAGAUGAUAUCUGCAGACUCACUCGAUCUAUUGAAAAAAUCGGGUAUUAAUUUUGAUAACCAUCAAGCAAUGGGAAUUGAUAGUUUUGAGUUUUCCCAAUUGAUGAUGGACUCAGGCUUAAUCCUAGAUAAAAGCAUUACAUGGGUAACUUUCCAUGCAGCUUAUGAUUUUGGAUUUUUAGUUCAUUUAUUAAUGAACACCUGUAUGCCAAAUAAUAUGCAAGAUUUCCAAUGGUGGGUUAACCAAUUAGUUCCAUGCUUUUAUGAUUUGAAUCUAUUAUACAAAGUCAUCAAAGAAUUUAAACAGCAAAUCCAGCCUCAACAGCCUCAACAGCCUCCACAACAACAAAUAACUUUAUCUAACCUUGCUGACGAAUUGGGCAUUCCUAGAUUUCCAUUAUUUAAUACUACGGGUGGCCAAAGUCUUUUAACAUUACUGUCAUUCUCUCAAUUGGGAAACGUUUCAAAACAUAAGCUACCAAAUGGGCUUGACUUCAAUUCAUACCAAAAUUUGAUUCAUGGGAUCAAUGCAGAAUAA